AUGGAGACAGCGGGAAAUGGCCUGUCCGAUGCACCCGCAACUUCUGCAGCUGCAACUGGCCCCUCCGACGACGCAACUUCGGCAGCUGCAACUGGCCCAGCCGAUGCAACUUCGGCAGCUGCAACUGGCCCAGCCGAUGCAACUUCGGCAGCUGCAACUGGCCCAGCCGAUGCAACUUCGGCAGCUGCAACUGGCCCAUCCGAUGCAACUUCGGCAUCUGCAGCUGGCCCAUCCGACGCAACUUUGGCAGCUGCAACUGGCCCAUCCGACGCAACUUCGGCAGCUGCAACUGGCCCGUCAAACGACGAUGCAACUUCGGCAGCUGCAGCUGGCCCAUCCGACGCUACUUCGGCAGCUGCAACUGGUCCAUCCGAUGCAACUUCGGCAGCUGCAACUGGCCCAUCCGAUGCAACUUCGGCAUCUGCAACUGACCCAUCCGACGCAACUUCGGCAGCUGCAACUGGCCCAUCCGACGCAACUUCGGCAGCUGUAACUGGCCCAUCCGACGCAACUUCGGCAGCUGCAACUGGCCCGUCAAACGACGAUGCAACUUCGGCAGCUGCAACUGGCCCAUCCGAAGCAACUUUGGCAGCUGCAACUGGCCUGUCCAACGACGAUGCAACUUCGGCAGCUGCAACUGGCCUGUCCAACGACGAUGCAACUUCGGCGGCUGCAACUGGCUCCGACCGACCCGCACCGCGUUCCUGUGGUUGUCCUCGAGGUUGGUGUCUUCCCACUGCAGGUGCAGUGCGUCAGGGGGGGUACUGUCACAGAUUCCCCCGGUACUGCUACUCAUUCCGUGAACCAGCUCCGGAGGUCUACGUCACCAGCCUCUAGGCGUCACUGAACUGUUUCAUUACGCACACCUGGUUCCCAUUCCCCCUGAUUAGUAAUUGUAGACAUGUGCUCUCUGUUCACCAUUGUUUUGUCGGUUAUUGCUCCCAUGUCCGUUGGUCUUGUGAGUACCUGUGCUUUGUUGUUUUGGCUUUCGUGCUGCGUGUAUUGUGUACUCGUUAUUACAGGUCUCAUCCCGUGAA